ACUCAAGCGCAGCAACAGAGGAAGCUGUAAGGCUAUAGUUGAAAAGCAAUUAUAUCCGUCCUCCACAAUGUCAUCCUCAUCAUCAAAGAAAAUGAGCUUAAAGCUUCUGAUUGACACAACUGCUGAGAGAGUUCUCUUUGCUGAAGCAUCCAAGGAAUUCAUAGACUUCCUCUUCAACAUGUAUCGCUUGCCUAUCGGUACAGUCACAAGGCUCCUGACCAGGAAAGGCAUGGUGGGUUCAUUAGGCAAACUCUAUAAAAGCAUUGAGAAUCUCAACGAUGAUUACAUGCUAAAUCCACACACAGAUAGGGACCUUUUGUUGAAGCCAAUUGCUCCUGUUUCUGGAUAUCUGCUGCCAGCAAAUGAUGGCCUUGAUGAUAGCAAACUAACGCCUCCAAGCUUGUACAUGUGCCCAGACCGCUGCAAGAAUUAUGUGACGAACUUUUUGGGAACUUUAUGUCCAUAUUGCAACAGUAAAAUGGAACUUCCUUUGCAAUUUGUUACGAAGAAUGCUACGGAAGUCACGGAUUCUUCUAGUGAAGGUGGAUUUGUGAAAGGAGUUGUUACUUACAAUUUUUGGUGAUGGAUGAUCUUGAGGUUCAGCCUAUGUCUACCAUUUCUUGCUUUACCUUACUGAACAAAUUUAACGUCAAAGAUGUUAGUGCCUUGCAAGAAAGGACCGUUGAGCUAGGCAUU